AUGAAAAAAUACCAAGACCCAAGAGUUAAAAAAUAAUUUUAUUAAUUAUGGGAAACAGCAAAUAAAAUAUUUUGUAAUGGAAAAAUAUUUACUGGGUAUCUCUGAUUAAUAAUUAAAUUAUUAGUUCCGAGAAUCAUAAAUUAUUAGCAAGUGUUAGUUUUAUUACAAUUCCAUCAAUUCUAUUUUAUAUAUUUAUGUCACCUGUAAUAAAUAAUUGUUACAUAGGAAUUUGCUAAGAAUGGAUAAAAUGGGUAUACUGUUGUAUUUGUAAUAAUUUAACUUACCAUUUAUGUACUAUUAUCAAUAACAGUUUGUAUGGAUCCAGGCAUAAUUCCAAAAAUUGUAAUUGUUAUUUAUAUAAAAAGAGACCAGACUAUGAAAUGCAAGAAGAACUACUUAAAGUGCCUUAAAAAUAUUCAAAAUUAGAUUACAGAUUUAUUGUCGAUUCUAAAAUGUUUAUAAUAAAUGCUCAUCAAUUUAAAUUAAAAUAUUGCUCAACUUGUAUUUGAUCAUCAUUUAAUAUAUUAGGUGCAAUAUAUAGACCAGCAAGAGCUUCUCAUUGUCCUUCUUGUGAUAAUUGUGUAGUUAGAUUUGAUCAUCAUUGUCCAUGGAUUGGAUAAUGUAUAGGUCGUAGGAAUUAUGUUUAUUUUUACUUCUUCAUUAUGUCAGUAUCUUUUAUGCUGAUAUUUGUUUUUGGGACUUGCGUCUCUUAUAUAGUGGAAGAAUCUAAGAAAAGAGCUGAAUAUAUGGAUACAUCUGAUGCAAUAUCUGAGACUAUUACCCAAAAUCCAGUUAGUAUAAUAUUAGUAAUUUAUUCUUUUGGAGUAAUGCAAAUACUUUAAUUUAGUUCUCAUGUUUCGUUGUAGGCUUAUGGCUUUUUCAUACUUAUCUGGUAAUUACUAAUAUGACUACCAAUGAAUAUCUCAAGAAACAUUGGAUAGUAGAAAGUAAGAACCCUUUUAGAAGGUACUAAAAUAAAUAAAUUUUAGAUAAAACAUUUUAAAAAAUAUCGUUUAAGUGUUGACUUUUAUUUCUUAGCUUAAGUUUUUAGAAUUGAAGUAAAAUAUUUAUGAAGUCAGAGAUUAUAUGCAAGUAUAGUUUAUUCUAAAUUAAUAAGAGUCCAAUACAUACUUAAAAUCAUGUUAAUGAGGCUAAUGACUCAUCAAAAUGUAAGGAUGAAGAAUAAGUAUAAACAGAUAAUAGAAAUAAGAACAAUUACAUUUCUAACAAUAUUCAAAUGAUCAAAGAAAUAAAAUCCUGA